UUCUGUCUCCCUCUAGGAGCUAAAUUGAAUGUAUUUCAUUAUGUAAAAAGAAGCUUAACUUUAAAUGCUGAAAUAAACAAUCAACACCCUUCCCACGUUCCUAGAUUAUAACAAUAGUGCCCUAUUUACAGAGAAAGCAUUAAGGAAGAUUGAGCUACUUUCUCAGGUCAGUGCAAAUUUGUGAAGCUGAAGGAAAGGGUCAAAUUCUUCCCCCAACUAUACAAAAAAUAAUAAAAGGAUACAACAAGUAUCUACGUCCAUUUUUUGACAGUACAUGGAAAGAUGCACGUAUUUAAUAGGAAUUUCUAUGUGUAUCUGCUUUGUUAUAUAUUCUGCACAUAUUCAACCAGGACUAGUGUUAUGUUUCCAUGAAAGCUCUGCACAAAUUCUGCUUUUUAAGAAGCACAGCUGGUGAUCUUCUGACACUGAAAUACGCAUUCACAAGGAAGUGAGAGCUUGCGCAUACUUAACAUUACAAUGACAUCAUGACAACUACCUAGAUGGUCCUGUGUCAGUUGGAAUGAGUCUGGAUAUUGCAAGCAUUGAUACAAUAUCAGAAAUAAAUAUGGAUUACACGGCUACCAUAUUUCUAAGGCAGAGAUGGACUGAUGAAAGGCUUUGUUUCGAUGGUAAUAAGAGUUUAAGUUUAGAUGGUCGGCUUGUGGAAAUGCUUUGGGUACCAGAUACCUUCAUAGUUGAUUCAAAAAAGUCUUUUCUUCAUGAUAUCACUGUUGAGAAUCGUCUUAUAAGAAUAUACCCUAAUGGAACAGUCUUGUAUGCUAUACGGAUCACCACAACUGUUGCGUGCAGCAUGGAUCUAACCAAAUACCCAAUGGAUAAACAGACAUGUACUUUGCAACUGGAAAGCUGGGGUUACAACAUCAAUGAUGUCAUGUUUUACUGGACGAGAGGAAAUGAUUCAGUUCGAGGUUUGGACACGCUCCGGCUGGCACAAUAUACAGUAGAAGACCACUUUACCUCGGUAUCUGAAGCGGUAUAUGAGACAGGACGUUACCCAAAACUAGUGUUUCACUUUGAACUCAAGAGAAACAUCUUAUAUUUCAUACUAGAGACAUACGUACCAUCAAUCCUCCUGGUUGUGCUCUCCUGGGUAUCAUUUUGGAUAAGCCAGUCAUCGGUUCCAGCCAGAAUCUGCAUAGGUGUUACCACUGUCCUAACUAUGACAACGCUGAUGAUGGGAGCCAGGACUUCACUCCCAAAUGCUAAUUGCUUUAUUAAGGCAAUUGAUGUGUACCUCGGUAUCUGUUUCAGUUUCAUCUUUGGAGCGUUGUUAGAAUAUGCUGUGGCUCAUUUCUGCACUCUGCAUCGACCCAGCUCAAAGGAACUUCCGAAGGAUGAGGAUGAAGAGGCUGAAGAAGAAAGGAAUGGAGUCCUGGCAGCAGUUGCUAACAGUUGCAGCGCCUCUGACAAUGUGAACAAAAUUGAUUCAAACAAGAGCAGCAAAACCAGCAUCAAUGGCAAAAAGGAGAGAAGUAAACACAGUGGAUGUAGUUCACCAAUGUCAGUAAUGAAAAGACUUUUCUGUAUCUUUGAUUGUUUCCACGUUAAAAAUCCUUACCACAUAGACAACUAUGCCAGAUUUUCUUUCCCGUUAUCAUUCAUCAUAAUUAAUGUAUUUUAUUGGGUAUAUUAUUUGUAUUUCUAAAUAUUUUAAAAUUAAAACUGUCAUGGUGUAAAGGUUAGAAAGUGGAUACAGCAGGGAAGUUGCAGUAGAAUGGGAAAGCUGCCUUAGGCUAAAGGGAUAUGAGGGGACACGCUGUCUUUUCAAGCAUUUAUGCGAACUUUCUCGUUAACUCGCUUUUCCACUAUUAAAUGGCUGUCAUCUGAAAUUGACUUUCCUUUAGCAUGCAUGUCCCAUAUUAUACUACUAGUCAAUGGACAUUAAAUCCUUUUUAAUAUUUUAAUGGUCAACUUUGUAAAAUAAAAGCUAUAUUAUAGUUGUUUCUGAACUGUGUUGAAUAUGUUGAAAAAUAAAGACAUUGAAGUGUUGUUUUCC